UAUAUCCAACUGGAGAUGGACUUUGCUAUAGAUUUAUUUCCAUUUUAUCCACCACUAGUUAAAGUGAUUAGGCCACGACUGCAGGAUUCCAUGAUGCAAAGAGUAACUAAUAUGGAGAUGUUGAAAUUGUCAUUUUGGAAUCCUACGAAAGAUAUGAAGUCUGUAUUGUCAGAAAUCAAGGGUUAUUUACAGAAUUGGGCAAGAUUGGAAUGUGACAGUUGUCGAAAUGACCCCAAAAGAUACCCGAAAGGCUCCUAUGUGGAUAUUGAACACCAUUUACUAAGACUAGCAUUGGUGAGUGAGAUUUCCCCCAGAGCUAACUUGAAGUAUUCUAUUGAAGUUGAGAAGCCGCCAGAGAUCAGACUCGCAGCUGAGGACGGUAAAAAGAAAGAAUACUGGCAGAAAGGAGUCGGAUAUGGACACCGAAAUAGACCAGGUUGGGAUAUCUCAGCAUAUAUCGCAGCACAAAAAGAGAAAGACAAGCAAAUAGAGUCCGUCCUGAAUAGCAUAUUAUCUGAACUCAGAUGUUUAUUUCAAACCUAUGGCGCAAUGAACUUAAACAAAUCUAACAGCAGCUCCAAAACUAGUUGUAACAGCAGCAGUAGCUCACGGAAUUCCUCUAUGGCAUCGACAACUUAUGCAAGUAAUACUGACUCUUCUUGUACAAAAUGUACAAGUAACAAUACAAAAGUCACUUUGAACUCAACGGCAAUGGCGUCAUCGUCUGCGGCGGGUGUUGCGAGUACCUCACAAUGCGUGUUUGUGACUAGUGCGUGUAGCAGCGGUUAUAACAGUGCCACGGCCAGUACGAGCAGUAGCAGUAGUGGCAGUAGUAGUGGGAAUAGUAGUGGGGACGAGGUGGUUAUCGAACCGGUGGAUCCUGUUGCCGAUGUCUAUAGUAUAUUGGAAGGAUCAUCUUUAGUGCCUUUUUUAGAGUCUUAUUUAAAAGAUGUUUCAUUUCUAGAAAUCUGCCGCCAUACUUCAUUAUAUAAAGUUAUGUUAGAUACUAUUAGAGAAAUAGCUGUUCAGCCUAAGUUAGUAGCUUUACUUUGUGCCUUACCACAUCAAAGGGAAUCCGUAUAUGAAUUAUUACAGACAUUACAAAUGAAGGCCGCAAUGUUACUAGAACGCAUGGGUAAAGCAGCCAAUGGUAGCAUACCAAAGGCACCUAAAAAAGACCAUCCCAAAGAGCAGAAGAUAGAAACAUGGGUGAUACAUGAUCUAUUUGGACCAGUGGAGCACAUUGUGCAAACAGUACCGACUGAUCCACCAAAGAGUUCUGUUGUUGAGAAAACAGCAGAAGAAAAACUUGCAAGAGGGUUUGUUACACUAUUUGAAUUAGUGUCAGAUGCUGUAACCCGUCACAGUAAACUUGCUAAGGUCAAUAACAGUCCUACAGGGGCUGAGGUCGUCUCCAUGGAUAUAACGUUAUCCACUGAUGAGGAACCAUUGGAUGUGAGGUAUAAAAGAGCCUUGAAAGAUUUACAGUUUGACAGUUACAGUAUCCAUUUAUCCGGUGCUCAUUCCCACCACUAUACUGCUCAAUUUGAUAAAGCUGCAAAACCUCAACCAAGUCAGGUUUUCAGACUGGCACAAGAAUUCACCUCUUUAGCAACCUCUCUUCCAUUAGACUUGUCUUCAGCAAUAUUUUUAAGAACAGAUGAUGAAAAGAUGAACCUUAUGCAAGCUUUGAUAGCUGGACCUGAAGGUACUCCGUAUUCUGGUGGCUGUUUCCUCUUUGAUAUCUUCUUCCCUAAUAACUAUCCUAAGAUUGCUCCACAGUUCAAUUUACAAACAACCGGUAAUGGAUCGGUCAGAUUCAAUCCCAAUCUCUACAAUUCGGGUAAAGUCUGUUUGUCAUUACUUGGUACGUGGGAAGGUCAGGGUGGAGAACAGUGGAACGAAACGUCAACGGUGUUACAAGCGUUGAUCUCUAUUCAGUCUCUGAUAUUGGUACCAGAACCUUACUUCAAUGAGCCGGGAUACGAACAGGAAAUUGGAACUGAAUCCGGUAAAAAGCACAGUAAAGAAUACAACCAAGAGGUGAAGAUUAACAAUAUUAAGUACGCUAUGAUAGGACAACUACAGAAACCCUGCCCCGGUUUUGAAGAAGUCAUCAACACUCAUUUCUAUCUGAAACGAGAAAAAAUAAUCCAAGAGGUAGAUGGUUGGGUGAAAGAAUCGCCCAAAGACACCAAAAUGAAGAAACAAGUUGAUUGUUUGAAAGCAGAACUAGGUAAAUUACAAAUACCGGAAGCACUCAAGAGAAAAAGUAGUACUGACCAGAGUACUGCAUAGUGACUAGCUACCACCCCUAAUGUGGUUGCUAUCAUGGAAUUUCACUGUUAAACCAAG